UGAGUCUGCCUGAGCGCUACGCAGUCAACCGUCUGCAGCGCCACAGACUGCAGGGAUAUCCCGAUGAAAGAGGAGGCUGCUCAGGGUGAAGAAUUUGGACAAGAUUUAACUCUAAGAUUUAAGGUGAAGCAGUUGGCCAAUUAAGCUCCGCUCAAAGACACAAGACUCGGAUGUUACUGCCAUAUGCCACACUUCCACACUAAGCAGACAAAGGACGCAGUACACUGAAGAAUUUUUAGUAAUCUUCCCCUGAUUAGAGACUUUGAGAGACUAUCCUCCAAGGCUCACAGAGGCCCACCCCCAUCACAGAGUAUCCACCCAGACUCUACCUUCACCCAGCAGCACCUUCCUCAUUACAGGACUGGCUGUACUGUCAGUAAGGUUCAUUCACAAAUGUCUACCUCACGAUUAAAAGACCCCUCACCAACACUGCGACCCUGAACAGUAUACAAAAUGACCUCGAGCAUUGACCAGGAUGACAGUAGUAUUUUUGAUGGGUUAAUGGAAGAAGAUGAAAAGGACAAAGCAAAACGUGUGUCCCGUAACAAGUCUGAGAAGAAGCGCAGAGACCAAUUCAAUGUCCUCAUCAAGGAGCUGGGUACAAUGCUGCCGGGCAACACCCGGAAGAUGGACAAGUCCACUAUUUUGCAGAAAAGCAUCGACUUCCUGCACAAACACAAAGAAAUCGCAGCUCAGUCAGAGUCAACUGAGAUCAGACAAGACUGGAAACCACCUUUUCUUAGUAAUGAAGAGUUCACUCAGCUGAUGUUGGAGGCAUUAGAUGGAUUUUUCCUUGCAAUUAUGACUGAUGGUAAUAUAAUCUAUGUCUCUGAGAGUGUAACGUCCCUACUAGAACACUUACCUUGUGAUCUUGUGGAUCAGAACUUGUUAAAUUUCCUUCCUGUGGGGGAGCAUUCAGAGGUGUACAAGGCUCUGUCCUCUCAUGUCGUGGGAGGAGAAACGCUGACACCCGAGUAUCUUAAAACAAAAAAUCAGCUAGAGUUCUGUUGCCACAUGCUCCGAGGGACAAUCGACCCCAAAGAGCCCCCUGUGUAUGAAUACGUCAAGUUUAUUGGAAACUUCAAGUCCCUGAAUAAUGUGCCUAACUGUACCCGAAAUGGUUUUGAAGGAGUGAUCCAGCGAUCACUUCACUCUGCAUUUGAAGACAGAGUGUGUCUCAUAGCCACUGUGAGGCUAGCCAAACCACAGUUUAUCAAGGAGAUGUGCACUGUAGAAGAGCCUAAUGAGGAGUUUACCUCCAGACAUAGUUUAGAGUGGAAAUUUCUCUUCCUGGACCACAGAGCACCACCCAUCAUAGGUUACCUCCCAUUUGAGGUCCUGGGUACAUCAGGAUAUGACUACUACCACGUAGAUGACCUUGAAACACUAGCCAAAUGCCAUGAACACUUAAUGCAAUAUGGGAAAGGAAAGUCUUGCUACUACAGAUUCCUCACCAAAGGGCAGCAGUGGAUUUGGCUUCAGACCCAUUACUACAUCACUUAUCACCAGUGGAACUCCAGACCAGAGUUUAUUGUCUGCACGCACACGGUUGUAAGUUAUGCUGAAGUAAGAGCAGAACAGCGCAGAGAGCUGGGAAUUGAAGAAUCACCACCUGAGAUCACAGCUGAGAAGCAGUCCCAGGAUUCAGGCUCUGAGUCCCAGCUCAACACUUUUAGCCUGAAAGAAGCCUUAGAGCGAUUUGACCACAGCCGGACCCCGUCAGCCUCGUCUCGGAGCUCACGCAAAUCCUCACACACUGCUGUGUCUGACCCAGCCUCAUCACAAAUGAAGCUUCAGGGAGAUAGGAGUACACCAGGUCGCCAGUCGGUCUCUGCCGUGGAGAUGACAUCACAACGGAGAUCAUCUAUCAGCAGUCAGCAGUCCAUGAGUUCCCAAAAUACAGGACAGAACGUGGCACCAUCCAUGGUUUCACAACAACAACAGCAACAACAGCAGCAGCAGCAGCAGCAGCAGCAGCAGCAGCAGCAACAACAAUCUCAACAACAAGUUCAACAACAAGUUCAGACUAGCAGUCAAUCUGUGGUGCAGUUCUCCAACCAGUUAGAAGCCAUGCAACACCUGAAAGAGCAGCUGGAGCAGAGGACCAGGAUGAUCGAGGCCAACAUUCAGCGGCAGCAGGACGAGCUGCGGCAGAUCCAGGAGGAGCUACAGAGGGUGCAGGGACAGAGUCUGCAGAUGUUCGUGCAGAAAGGGGCUGGAGGACUCAAUGUAAGCUCUGUACAGAUGGCCCAGGGGAAUGCUGGGCAGCAGGGCGGUACACUCAGCAUGCAGGGCCAGGUGGUUUCUGCAGGGUCUCUGCAAAAUAGCUUACAGCAACAACAUGCUGUCCAGCCCCAAUCCCAGCAGCAAACACUCCUACAGGAACAGAGCACAGCACUCUCGCAGCCUCAGAGGUCGUCGCACACUCUGCAGCCUCAACAGAAUCCACUGCCUGCAUCUCUCUACAACACAAUGAUGAUCCCUCAGCAAAGCCCUGCUAAUGUGGUUCAAAUUGCCACAAGCCUGGCACAGAAUACCGGACCCAACACUCCCACCAUGGCAACAUUUGCACAGGACCGUUCGGCUCAGAUUAGGUUUCCUGCAGGCCCCCAGCUGCUCACCAAGCUAGUGACAGGGCAGAUGACAUGUGGGGCAGUCAUGGUUCCCACAACCAUGUUUAUGGGCCAAGUGGUGACGGCCUUUGCUCCGCAGCAGGGCCAGACGCAGACCAUUAGCAUUUCCCAACAGCCGCCUCAGCAGCAACAGCAACUGCAGCAACAGCAGGAGCAGCAGAUGCAACCGCAGUCUCAGGUCACAGCCAUGCAGCCAGGGCAGGCUCCACUGACCCAGCAAACACAGUUCCUACAGGCUCCUCGGCUCCUUCAUGGAAACCAGUCCACCCAGUUGAUCCUGCAGGCAGCGUUCCCUUUGCAGCAGCAGGGUACCUUCACUGCAGCAGCCCAACAGCAGCAGCAACAGCUACAACAGCAGCAUCAAACACAGCAGAAGCAGUUACAACAGAAACAGCAACAGCAGCAACAACAGCUGGCUCCUCACAGAGCAGAUAGUUUGUCUGACCGCUCAACAACGCAGCCACAGUAACUGACCGAAUUCUAUCAGAAGUGCAGUUAGCCAAACUCAGGUGUGGUUGAUGGGAGUGUAAAGUGUAGUUCUGCUGAAAAUGCAGCACUGAAACCUCAGAGGAUGAGAAGUGGGCGCUCUGUUGCUCCUCUUCUCUCACAAGGAUCUUGUGCUGUUUGCACUUCACUCCUGAACCCAGAGUACAGCAGAGAACCCAGGACUGGGCUCGCUGUGGCAGCAGGUUUGGCUGUGGGAUGAAGCCUUCCCUCCAAGAAAACGGGGCUCUACAAGCCCUGCAAAAGACCCCCCUCCCCCUUACGCCUUCCUCGAACCUCUCCUUUUGUUGGGUGUGCACGUGUGUGUGAUUGUGUGUGUGUGUGUGUGUGUGUGCGCGCGCUGUAGUCACCCUCACAGGAUAAUUUCAGAGUUCUCCUGUCAGUGCAGUGAAGAUCUUCACUUCGAGGACGUCCUACAAAACAACCGAUUAUUUGUUUUGUAUGUUUUACUUGUAAAACUAAUUAUGGGUCAGAAAAUAUUUUUAAGAAUGUGGUGUAGAUUCAACUUUCACUGUACAGAAUAUCAUGUGUAAUAUAUACUGUAAAUAUACUGAAAAGAACUAAUAUUUUAUAUGAUGCAUGAAAUGAAAUGCAUAGUCUGUUAUUUGCAGCUUUGAAUAUGCUUUUUUUCUAGUACUCAGAAAAAAAGACCUAAAAAUGCUUAGUGGCUGAUAUUUUCACAGACUUCCUUUCUCCUAGGGGAUGUUUGUUUGUGUGUCUGCAUCAGACAAUGCCGAUGCCGUUUGUUGUGUCACAGUUUGUUUAAUCCUUGACCCCUAUUUUCACACAAUUUCACAAAAUUAUUGACAGAAUGAUAGAAAAAAAAGAUGUGCUCAAACACUAAAGACUUGAGACUAAAUGUGAGAUUUGUGAAUAAAAUGGAGGCACCAUUAAGCUAAAUGUAUGCAACAUUAAGAUCUGCAAACAUAAUCCUUCAUAUCAUUAUUCCUUCAUUUUUAGAUCUUCUGUUGAGAUCCCUCUAUUUCACAGCCAAUGCCUGUGUAGCACCCAGAGAUGCUUAAUUUCACCUGUAAACAUUUCUCUUCAAAUAUAUGUAAAUAUAAAAAAACUGGUUCCAGACAUUUUUCGAUAUUAGGUCAAAUCCAGUAAUAACCUGGGGAAGACCUAUUAAUUACCUCUUAAGUAUUAGCUAAAAACUUACCUUUAGAAUUCACCAAUCGGUGGAGGUUUAAGCUUACAUGAGCCAGAUUUUUCAUAGACACAGAUCAUCACCAGGAUCCCCAGCAGACCCACCCCUACGCAUUCUGGCAUAGUAGGCGUGCCUUACAGCCUCCUCACCAUCUGAUGUAAUGCAUCGCCAGAUGGUAUCAAGCUGACAGUCCAGCCUCUUCUUCAUCUGUGUUAAAUGAUGGGCUGAAUUCAACACAUGGCCACAAAGUCAGUCUUUGACCUCUGGUCCAAGAUAUCUUGUAAUACCACGCGCUCUUACAGCAGCUCCCCAAUAUUAGAGUGUAGCGGUCAUAAUGGGGAAACCCUGCCUUACAGCCUAAGUUUAUUUAUAAAGUUUUGCUCUGUGUUACACUAAAUCCAGUCUUUUUCAGAAGCCUGUCAGUUGUACAGAAUUGCUUUCAAGCACUGAAAGGUGAAAACAUGAAUCCACCAUUCCAUAAUUUGUACAACACAGCAUAGAAAUCAAGCUUGGUUUAAGCUCAGCAUUCAGCACCCCC